AUGAGACGCACGCUCCCCAGGCUCGCCGCCCGCGGCUCAGCGCGCACCGUCUCCGAUGCCACGCGCUUCACCCAGACCACGCCGCACGCAACGUCCAAGCCGGGCGCCGCCGCGGGAGCAGCAGCAAAGAAGGCCAAGGCCGCCGCCUCGAGGUUCCCGCCCGCCGCGGCGUCCGGCACCGCGCGGUCCGCGGACGGAGGAAGGGGGAGGAGACCCUCGCCCGCGGCGGCAGCGGCGAGCGCCGAGGCGGCGCCCCUCAACGAGACGCCCGAGCAGAAGGUGGCGCGCCUGCGGGCCGCGCACCUGGCGGCCAAGAACGCCGAGGUGUCGGCCUUUGACAAGUUCAUCUCGAGCGGCCGGAGGCUGUUUGACUCGGCGCACAAGGCCACAGUGAUGGGGCUGAUCGGCUUCACGGCCGUCGCCGGUCUCCUGACCGUCUACACCACCGCCGACAUGAUCAUGUACAACCGCAAGCGCAAGGCCGAGUUCCUCGCCGCGCAGGAGAAGAUGGACGCCGACUCGCUCGAGGCCGCCCGCCUCGCCUACAUGCGCGGCGACGCCACCGAGGAGCAGAUCGCCCUCGUCGAGGAGGCCAACGCCGCCGCCGAGGCCUCGGGCAGCCACAUCUUCAAGAUGCCCGGCGCCCUGACCUCCUCCUCCUCCUCCUCCUCCUCCUCCUCCUCAGAAGCAGCGAUACCUUCGCCCGCAGUAGAAGCAGCAAUCACGGCGCAGGAGCAAGCGACGACAGAAGCCGCCAAGCAGCAGAAGCCCGGCUCGUGGCGGUCCUGGAUAUUCGCCAACCUGAAGAACGAGGAGGAGGGCGAGGACGUGGGCACGUCCGAGGCGCGGCUGGGCUACGAGUCGCUGAGCGAGGACGACGACAACGCCAUCGUGCGCGACAGCGACGUGAUCCGGGCGAUCGAGGACAAGCAGGCGUACCUCAAGGAGAAGGCGAGGGCCGCCCUCGACAAGGAGAAGGAGAACCAGCGCAAGGGCGGGCCGCUGGACCGGGUCGGCAUCGACGCCGCGCCUGCUGCCGCGGAGAAGCCGGCCAAGAAGUGGUGGAUAUUCUAA